GUCAGGGCUGAAUAUAUUGCAGAGAAAUACAAGAGAAUUAUAAGAUGUAAUCCUCUAAUGAAGAUUAGAGAACUGCGUGCUAUAAUUAGAGAGGAUGUAGGGUCAGAUGUGUAUGGUUCUCUUGUAGGACGUGCUAAGAAGCUAGUGUUGCAGAAAACUGCAGGGUGUUAUGCUGAUGAAUUUGCUCUCUUAUGGACGUAUGCGGAGGAGAUGAGGAAGGCAAAUCCUGGAACAACUGUUAAGAUCCAGGUAGAUCGUGGUAAUCCAGAUAAUAAACCCAUUUUUCAACGCAUGUACAUUGGGUUCGCUUCACUUCGGAGGGGGUUCCUUGAAGGUUGUCGGCGAGUUAUUGGUUUGGACGGUUGUUUCUUGAAAGGGUUAUGCAAGGGUGAGUUAUUGGCUGCAAUAGGCCGAGAUGCAAACGACCAGAUGUAUCCUGUAGCUUGGGCUGUUGUUGAGGUGGAGUCAAAAGAUUCCUGGUCUUGGUUUUUGGAACUAUUGGGUUCUGAUUUGCUCUUGGAAAAUGGAGUAGGUUGGACUUUGAUUUCAGACCAACAAAAGGGUUUAAUUCCAGCCAUAGCAGAUCUUUUACCAAUGCCGGAGCAUCGUUUAUGUGCACGUCAUAUUUUUUGUAAUUGGAGGAAAAAGUACAAAAAUCCAGAAUGGCAGCACAUUUUUUGGGAAUGUGCCAAGUCUCCCACAGUCAUCAAAUUCAAUCAAGCUUAUAAAAAGUUGGAGUCCAUAAACAAGCAAGCGGCGGAGGACAUGGUUCGUGUUCCAAAAGAGCAAUGGUGCAAAGCUUUCUUCUCAACGGCGGUGAAAUGUGACUCCGUCGACAACAACAUGUCAGAGACAUUCAAUGCAAGCAUUCUUGAGGCGAGACAUAAACCACCUUAUAGCUUGUUUGAUGACAUUCGACGUCUCACCACUGAGCGAAUUGUGAAGAAGCAACAAAUGGCUGGUAAAUGGAAGAAUGAGAUAUGCCCGGAGAUAAUGAAAAAGUACCAGACUAACGCCUACGAAAGCAGGAUGUGUCGCGUCAUAACUUGUGGGAAUCAAGAGUAUGAAGUUGAUCAUGGGGAGGAGAGGUACAAGGUCAAGAUUGGGCAAAAGUCAUGUACAUGCAGGACUUGGGAUUUGAGUGGAAUCCCUGGCCCGCAUGCGAUCACGUGUCUUGUCUGUGAAGGAAAGGAUCCGAUCACUUUCAUUUCAGAAUGGUAUUCUAUAGCCAAGUACAAUAGAACAUACUCUAACACAAUGCCAGGGAUGGAAGGACCAAGACAAUGGUUUCCUGUUGAUUUGGAGCCAAUUCAACCACCGACUUACAGGCCUAUGCCUGGUAGGCCAAAGAAGAAGAGAAGGUUGACAGCCGAUGAACUGCUACAAAAACACAAGACAAGACCAAACAAAUUAGGCAGGAUGGGGCGUAUCAUUAUUUGUUCCAAAUGCAAAUGUGAAUGUCAUAAUUCACGCACCUGCACUUUGAAAGAGGGUUCCAGUUCUAUUACUUCUGCUAAUGCUAGUGCUUCAGGUGGAACAAUAAGAGGACAAGAAAGAGGCGUUGGUGCUCGUGCUACUGGUGCUUCACGUGGAAGGAGAAAUGGACAAGUAAGAAGAGUUGGUGCAUCACGUGGAAGAGGAAGGGGGAGGAAUGACUCAAAUGGAUGAUGCUUAUUUUUUUGUUUGCACUAGAUGAUGUUGGUUUUGUCACCACUCACCACUAGAUACUGUCAACCAAGUUUAAAUUAAUUAUGAUUAUGUAUUCUCAAUUCUUAAUUAAUCAUGGUUAUGCUUUUUCCCGUUGAUGAUGGUUAUACUUUUUUACACUAUGCAUCAACUAGUUUUUACAGAAGCUUGUGAAUAAGAGACACAAUAGAAU